AGAGAAGCCAAUAAAAACAUAUCCCAAGCAAGUCACACAGGAAUGACGUCCCUUUGGUGUUCGACAAUUUUACUGUUAAUCUCCUGUAGGACCAGUACAGGAGAUUACCAGGUUACGGAAACUCAAAACUAUUCUGAAGCAUUUUCCAACCUUCUCUACGUUUUGAACGGCAAGUUUUCUGAUCUAAGGCUGGUGGAAGCUUACAAAAACAUCAAUGACCCAGAUGUUGAUGUACCGUCCGCUGGAGUUUUACUGGCGAUGCCAGUCGAGAUCCCAGCUUUGGCACCGGCAGUGACCUACUUCUUUGAGGAGUAUUUUGAGAAAACUUUACUCCGUCGUCUCAUCUGUGUACUCUGGGAAAACAGCAACGGAGAGAUGUUCUUGCAACCUUACAACAUCACGUCCCCUUCAAAUGACAUGUCUAGGAGCUUUACUCUCGACCAAAUCAAGCUGUUAACAUCAAGCGACUUGAAAACUAGACAGGAGUGUAAGGCGAAGUUUGAACGUAAAGGGGUACACACAUUCACUUCAUUUCUGCCGGACUGCGACGAUAAGGAAAACGGGGUUGUACCAAAAUACGUAAUGACUUGGUCGUGCAACUCAUUACUGAUCAUCGCUAACAACCCUAAUCAAGACGAGUACUCGGCCUCUCCCAUAGUCAAUAUCAGGGAAGGUUCACGUUACCCUUUCCCGUCGUACCUGAAGGAAGUCGAGGACAAAGUUUCAUGCGAGUAAAAGGUGUCUAAAAUCUUCGUCUCAAUAAAUUAUCUUUAGAAAAUCGUU